AUGAAGUUGACGCUCAAGGCCAAGCAUGCCACCGGCAAGGCCACCGCCGCCGCCCCUGUUGUGACGAUGCCGAAGAAGACGCCCACUGAGCCCGAAGCAUCCAAUGACGAAUCGGACGAAGGUGAAGAGGAAGAGCAUGAGAACGACGACGACGAUGACGACGAUGGAAGCGAUGCCGAUGGAGAUGACGACGAUGAUGACGAUGAUGUGUUGCCGGCGGACGACAACUUUGACGAAGACAAUGAUGAUGGGGACGAAGAAGAAGGAGCGGUGGGGUUUGCCGACGCCAUGAGCAAAGUGUUGAACCAGAACGUGGAAGAAGAGAAGGCGCCGAUCUUGGCCAAGCGCGUGACAUCGCAGAUGCGCGAGAUCUCCAAGGACAAGUCCACGACCAAUGCAUCCAAGCUGAGUGCCAAGGAGAAGCGGGCGCGGGAAGAGAAGGACAUGGUGAUUCCCAGUCACUUGACCAUGGCCCAGGACAAGGCUCUGCGCGGGAUUGCGACCAAGGGCGUCGUGGCUUUCUUCAACGCCAUCGCCAAGCACCAGCACGGCCAACAGCAGCAAGAUGGGUCGAAACAGAUCAAGUCACUGAGCAAGGAUUCGUUCUUGGGCCUGUUGAAGCAACAAGGCAAGCACAAGGAAGCCGCGCAACCGGAGGACGGCAGCGAAGGAGAAGACAAGUCCAACUGGUCGGUGGUCCAAGACGACUACAUGAUGGGCGCCAAGCUCAAGGACUUUGACAAGGACGACGAUGUCGCGAACGAGGAUGAGGAAGUGUGGAAUGCUGCGCACGACCAACUGGACUCGGACAACGAAGAUGGAAGCAACAAGAAGGGCAAAGCAAACGGUGCGAAGAAGGGCGGCAACCACAAUGCCAAGAAGAAGGGCGGUAACAACAAAGCACAGAAGAAGCAGCGCACCAGAUAGAACGACGUGUGCACUAGGAUACAAACCCAUUCUUUAUCUAACUCGGACAACAUCCCUUCUUAUUCCACGGCGACUGAUGCAAGCCGUGCGGACUGAUGGAAGCGGCGCUGGGCCUCUUCUUCCACUCGCUUGGCCACCUUUUGCUCUUCCAAGUACCGGUGCUGCACCAGAAAGCCCGCAUAAGCACCCCCAAGUCCGAACACGACCGCCAUCAUGGCCUUGCCCACGUUGUUGUUCCCUCGCAUGUUUGAUGUUCGAAG